AUGUGGAAUGAGAAACUGGUUAGUGUGUUAAUUGAAUUUGAGUUUGUACAAAGUAAAUGUGAUACUUCUCUGUUCAUAAAGAAUGUGAAUAAUGUGUUUGUUGUUUUAUUAGUAUAUGUUGAUGACAUUGUUGUUACUGGAAACUCCUUGUCUGAAAUUGAGAAAGUUAAACAAAGGUUAAAAACAAAGUUUUUAAUUAAAGAUCUUGGUGUGUUACAAUAUUUUCUAGGCAUAGAGGUUUUGUCAUGUGCUGAUGGUAUAUGCUUGUCACAAAGAAAAUACUGCACUGACUUGUUGACUGAGUAUGGGAUGUUAGGGUGUAAACCUGUUAGUGUUCCCAUAGAACAAAGUCAUGUGGUCAAUAAUAUGCUAAAUAGUAAUUCUGGUCCUUUACAAAAUGUAACUGGUUAUCAACAACUAAUUAGAAAACUAAUCUACUUGUCUCACACUAGGCCUGAUAUAGCCUAUGCUGUGCAUGUUUUAAGUCAAUAUAUGCACAGUCCUACUAGUGGUCAUUUAAAACUUGCAUUUAACUUGCUGAGGUAUUUAAAAUCUGCACCUGGUCAAGGAUUGUUGUUUACCAAAAGUGAUAGUUUUGAAAUAAAGGCAUUUGUAGAUUCAGAUUGGGCAAAAUGUCUGACUAGUAGGAAAUCUGUGACUGGUUAUUGUGUUUUUUUAGGAAAUUGUUUGGUUUCUUGGAAAAGCAAGAAACAGUCUACGGUGUCUAGAUCUUCAGCCGAAGCUGGAUAUAGAUCUAUGUGUGCAGCAGGCUGUGAAAUAGUAUGGAUUAAAAACUUACUAAGUGAGUUACAAGUAGAUGUUACAGUUCCUAUUAGUUUGUUUUGUGAUAAUAAAGCUGCAAUAUCGAUUGCAGCUAAUCCAGUUUUUCACGAUAGGACCAAACAUUUUGAGAUUGAUUUGUUUUUCUUAAGAGACUUAAUUUCAAAAGGUGUUUUAAAAUGUGUUGGUGUGAAGUCUGAGAAUCAAGUUGCCGACUUGUUCACGAAAGGAGUAUUGGUCAAAAUACAUAAUAUGUUAUGCAAGGAAUUAAAACUUUUUGAUGUCUUUAAAUAA